AUGCGGGUGCCGGAGCCGGGGACGAGGCCGGCGGGGACUGCGGCGCCCGCGAACCCCGACUCGCCCCUCGCGCGGCGAAUGGGAGAACGCGAGGGUGGGGUGGUGUCCGGCGGGAAAUUCCACACUGUCCGAGACCACCAUGAUAGAAACCGAGUCUUUAAAGCAUUUACACUGUUUUUUCUUGUCUCCUGUAAACGCACGUUAACAUGUUUUGUAGAGCCCGGUCGAUUUAUUUUCCCCAAACCGGAGAACUACACGACGGUUCUCCAUCAGGAUGGCAGUGACGUCAUCUACAUCGGGGGCCAAGCGGUCGUCUAUGCGCUGAACUUCACGGAUCUGAGGGCGAAAGACCCAAAGAUCCUGGUGACUCUAGACGAGAAUGCGAAGGAAGCGUGUCUCGGGAAACCCACUGUGCUGAAGGAGCAGUGCGAGAACUUCAUCACCGUCAUUCAGAGGGUCAACGACAGCCUUGUGGUGUGCGGGACGAACGCUGGCUCCCCCAAGUGUUGGCUGAUGGUGAACGACACCGAGCUGAGCGACACUACCACGAAUGGCCAGAUGAUGGCGCCGGCGGACAUCUCCCCACCGUUCCCUUCGCAGAGAGUGGUGUCCCUGUCAGCAGAGGGGAACCUGUACUCGGCUCUGUCUGCAACCGGGAGACAAGGCGGCUUCAUCCGCAGAGCCUACGGAUCCCAGAAGCUGCUGAAAUCCGAGGAUAAGUGGCUGCACAACCCCCAGUUUGCGGGCGCAGCAGUGAUCCCAGCCAUGCCCAGACACCUGGAGGAAAUCUACUUCUUCUUCAGCGAGAUCAACAGGACGGCCACCCCGGACGAAGACCCCUACCGGGCGAGGAUUGGGCGAGUGUGCCUGGUGGACGAAGGCGGCAGCAAGACUGUGCUGCCCGACUCCUGGACCACCUUCCUGAAGGCGCGGGUGAGGUGCGGCGUGGAGGGCACCCCGCAGCAGUACAACCGGUUCAAGGAGGCCUAUGUGCUGACCAGCACGGAUAAGAAAGUUGGGGUGCUGUACGGAAUCUUCUCCAAUGCCUGGGACAUCACCGUGGUCUGCGCCUAUUCCAUUGAGGAGAUCGACCAAUCUUUCGGCACCUCCAAACUGAAGGGGUACACCAGCCCCUUGCCAGCACACCGCCCCGGAACGUGCGCCUUUAAGAAUGUGACCUCGGGCCUGGCCGCCAAGACCCUGGGGGUGAUCCGCGACCACCCCGAGAUCGAGGAUGUGAUCCGCCCGUUGGGGAAGCAGCCCCUGGCCCUGCUGACCAGCGAUCACUUCACCAAGAUGGCCGCGGACACGGUGCUGGCGGUCAACGAUGAGCACUACAGUGUGCUGUACCUGGGCACAGGAAAGGGAAAGGUUUUGAAGGUUCUGCACACCAUCGAGGAGGUCUUUAUCAUCUCCCAGUACUCCCUGUUCGCCGCCGAAGCUCCAGUCAGCCUGAUGACCAUCGACUCCCACAAGGGCCACCUCUAUGUGGGGACCUCGCUGGAAGUCCAGCGCCUCCCCCUGGCUGACUGCCAGCGCUACGGCAACACCUGCAGGGACUGCGUACUGUCCCGGGACCCUUACUGUGGCUGGGACGCGGCCGGGCGCCAGUGCACCGCCAUACCCCCUGGAUACAACUCCAGCUUCGGGUCCAUCCUCCAGAACCUUGACCAGUCCAACACCUCCGUGUGUGGGGACUCUGCAGAUCUGAAAGCCCCCAGCACCGAUCCCAAAGAGGUCCUGGUGAACCCGGACGGUCCGAUCCUCCUGCCCUGCCCCGUGCGCUCCUACCACGCCUCCUACACCUGGGAGAAGGAUAACUGCCAGAAGCGCUAUCCCUGCUCCAUCAACGGGGGGUCCUGCGUCCUGGCGCCCACCCCCGACCUGCCCCUGAAAGACGGCGUCUUCCGCUGCAUGGCGCUGGAGGACGGGCACAAGGAGGAGGUCGUGUCCUACAGGCUGGUGCUCAACAGCGCCAUCCCCGCCGGGCCCGCGCGGGCCUCCCUCCUCCCCUCGCUGCUCGUGGCCGCUGCCGCGCUCUGGCUGAUGUAGGACCCCCGCGCCGCGCUCGGGGGGGUGGAGGUAGCGCCGCCGCCGCCGCAGAAAAACGCCCACCGGCCGUAACGAGGCCGAGCCCCGUUCACAAAGCACUCACAUUGCGAAUUAUUAGUCAAAUGCCGCUUCGAGGGGGACGCGAGGCCGCCCAAGGGGUCUUAGUUUGUGGACAGAGGCUUAAACGUAGAGGUUGUGUUUUUUUUUUUUGCAAGCUUUUCAUCCAGGUUCUGCCAUCCCGGCCCGAGCGGUGUCUUGUGCGACGAUAUGAACCGCAGUAUUUCUCUCUUCCCCCCCGAACCGAGACGGGCACUGACGUCAGCGAUACAGGGAGGGGGGGGCACGUAAAAAGGGGGGGGUAAGAUGGAAAACUGGUAAUUAAGCGGGUUAAUUUAACCAGAGUUAAAGGGGGGCGGGGAGAAAAGCAGACUGCAGCUGUUGUUAAACAUUCUGGGGGGGUGAUUCUGCUGUACCUAAGGGCAGGGUUAUGAAGGGGCAGAUCUGUGACACUGUGGAUCAGGGCUGUCAGUUUCUAUAGUUAAAAAGCCUAGGUCUCUGCAGAGACUUCUUCUUGUCCACAGCGCUAAUCUGAAUGUAGCAGUUUGUGUCGGAACCCCCCAUCCCACACACACACACAAGCCAUGCUUAGAGAUUCACUGUCCCCUGAAUUUUUGUUCCAACUGAACUUUCAACGACUUAACGAAAACAAUCAGACAUGUGGGAGAAAUGACCCUUCCUUUGAGAUCUCCCCUUGUUGACCCAUUCAAGACACAGACACUGCAACACCUGCAGAAGAGUGACUGUAAUCCUACAGCCCUGUGGUCACCAUUCUGCAUCUCACUUUCAAGCGCUUUUUUUUCCUAACGGGCUUGAUUCUUCCCCCUGCUUGAAACACCCAGGCGCAGACUCAGACAGCGAGGUGAGAAAAGAGAAAUACCGGUGAGACGGCACAGCAGUGUGGGCAGGUUGAACGCUUGUGGUGUCCUUAUUGCGGAGGGCCGUGUGCUACACGGUUUAAAACCAAAUGUGGUACUGACUCUGUACAGUCGGAGCCUCUUGGAUAAAACCAAAAAUCCUGUUUACAGUUUUGCACAAAGACGGUACGUUACAUGUACACCGAGCACAAAACAGAACCGCUGGUAAAAAGGGGGUGGCCUGACACCGAUGCUGGAGGGGAAGACUGACACUCCAAGCCAGAGAGUGGGAAAUCUGUCAGUUUUCUCUAAUGGCAGGAGGGGACAGUUUUAGGGCAGCAUGGUGGUGCAGCAGGUUAACACUGCUGCCUUGCACCGCAGGGACCCUGGAUUCAGUUCCAGAGCUGGGGUGCUGUCUGUGUGGAGUUUGUAUGUUCUCCCUGCAUUUGCGUGGGUUUCCUCCCAUGGUGCAAAAACCUGAUAGUCGGUUAAUUGACUUCUGGGAAACUUGGCCCUAGUGUGUGUGUGAUCAUUUCCUGUGUGGGUGGGGUCUGACACUAUCAUUUCCUGUGUGGGCUGGGUCUGACACAGUGUCAUUCACUCUGUAUCAUUCCCUCUUGGUGCAGAAAGCCGUGUAAACCAGCAAGCGGUUUAGUCACAGGCACCAGUCAGCACUGGUUAUAAAAGGGAUAACAAAGCUACAGCACGAAGCUGCUGGUCUCUCAAGAGCAGGAGUUGGAAUCACUGGGCUAGAAAAAGUGCUCACUCCAAAGGUCAUACUCAGGCCUGCUGAGCAGCACCGUUCUCACACAACCAAGCAACACUCCCCCGUCUGCGAACACCUCAUUGUGCGUUCACUCCGUGCUCGUGCAAGUCCACCAGACUGGAAACAAACCUCGUUCAGGACCUACGGGACUUGCGUGCAAGAAAGUGUAUCUUCGUUGGCAUGCCAAGCUAAAACCAAUAACGUGUGACAGUUACAACACGAACACACGCAGCAGCACAAAAGAAGGACGCUUCACACGGCAGGCAGUUUCCUAUUUCCCCAUCCUGGCCUAAUUGCGCAGGCAGCCCUGUGCGUGCUGCUGUACGCAUCGGCAGCAAAGGUCAGGCUGUGUCAUCUGUCAAUCUGUCAGCACACAGCAGACAAGCACGUCUUCCAUCCCAUGCUGCUGUGGGAAAGGUGACAAGCAUCUGAAACUAGAUACACAGGGAUCCUCCAGUCGGGACAGGAGCCACCUCUUUACACGAAGAGUGUUGGGUGUCUGGAACAAGCCGCUCCCGCAACGUUGUUGAAGCCGACACCCUGGCUUUCUUUAGGAAAGGGCUGGGUGGCGUCCUUUGGGACAAGAACAUACUAUCCUCCAAACGAGCUCCAUGGGCUCACAGUGCCUGUUCCCCACUGAAUGCCAAGGCAUUCUCAUGCUUACUAAGAGCUGAACACCAUCUUUACCAAAUGAGCAAUGAGGUUUAAUGAAUUGACCCAUUAAAUGAUUAAAAGCUCAGCUGGAACAAAAAGGGGGAUCUUGUGGGGGGUUCUGAAACCCAGUAUUGGCAGAAUGUUUUCUGGAUAAGGUUGGGGGGGGGUCUCUGUUGUACUUAGAUGGGGUGAAUCUGCUAUCCUCUAUUCUGCCACCUGUCUUAGACUGCAGCCUCUUCACACGAGGCAGACAUGACAGGGUGUUUAACCUUUCACUGGCCCAAAGCAGAUCUAGAUUAGGUUUGUGCAGACAGUGAAUGUAUACAUCAGAAUAGACUUGGAGUGGUUCAUCCCCCCAGCACCUUCCUGCCCUCCAAUCAAUUAAUAAAGCCCUACAGUAAGUUAAUAAGUCCAUAUAGAACUAACAGUAAGCAGGUACGAAUUUCCAAGGGGGAAGUGAAGCUUGACACUGGUGCCUGGAUCGAGUGUGCUCUGAAUCACCUCGUUGUCCUGUCGCUGUCUGUACAUUGCACUUCCUGUCUGUUUGCCAAAUCGCUCUGCUCGCUCUUUGCAACCAGUCGUAGUUCCAUUCCAGACGGCCCUGCCCGCUGGCGCCCAUCCUGUGUGCCAAAAGCCAGCACCCGCAGGGUCGUGGAGAGAUGGGGAGACCCACACGGAGACUAUUGCCAGCCAGCCAGCCAAAACCAAUCGAUCUACCGAAAAACCCAACCGCUUUCGAGAAGCACGAUUCUUGGAUGCUCAGCUUCUGAAAGGUGGGGGCUUCGCAGUAAAAGGCAGAGUAAUGGCCAGGCAAGUGCGGUGAAGUUGUGGCCAAAGCAGGGUGAAGCACAGAAAGAUGUACAGAUGCACAGAGUGUAGCAAGGGAGAGCUGUUCUAAGGAAAAGUGGAACCGUGAUCUGCAUUCUUACCACGGUAAUCCACAAGAGGCAUCUGCAGAUCUUCCUGUCUUUCCUGAACCUCCUCUUUCUCCUACAUGUAUCUCUUGGGAGUAGUGUUUACAUGGAAAUUUUCAGAUUUGAUUAUCAGAGCACUGUAUCUAACCCCAGGUUUCUCAUUACUUUAUGAAACGGUCAGGGUUUUUCAGUGAUGUCUCCUUUAGGUUUAUGUACACUCAUUCAUUCCAGCAAGUGGCAGAUGUUUACAGAACAUUUACUCCUUUUAGACAAGAGUUUCCCAGUCCUAGAACCUGCAGGCCACACACACACACCUGCUUCUAUUUGCUCCAGCUAACCUAACACAAUUGAACGCUUCAUUGACUUAAUAAUGCAAUUCUUUGGACUGUUUUUACCUCUUAAGCAUGUUGGACAUGGUAUUUUAUUGAACUGUUGCAUUUCAUAAGUAACAAACUUAUAAACUUUUGAAUAGAAAAAAAAGCCUUGCAAACUAUUUCAAUGGAGCAGCUUGUUAGCUGGAUGAAGGCUUAGGUUAACCAAUUAAUCCCGUCUGGGGGGGAAAACAGCAGACGUCUGGGCCUUCAUAUCCAGGAUUGAGAUUCCCUGGAUUUAAAAUACAAGCUGCGGAAUACAUUGGAAACUGCAGGAGACACGGCAGAGAGCAGCCCCCGUACAUACUAGUGCUGAGGUUGACACUACCCUGUGCUCAGUAAAGCCCGUCUGAGGUGUUACUCAGCUCCAAAGCAGGAAUGUUUUAGUCACUGUAAAACACACUGGCUGUGUGCGCAUAGUCUCUGAACCAUCACAUUUGCCAAAAGCUUGGGAAAGCUAAUCAUGCCUCUUCAUGCAUAUGUACUUUUGUAUAAUUUUUUAAAAGAGUAUUUAUGAAAUAUAAAUAUAUGUAAAUGUGAAGAAUCAAAGAAUGUUACUAUUGGAUUUCCCUUUACCAACCAUGGUUAGUAACUGAAUUAAAAGUAUUAAUUAAAGGCUGA